AUGCUUCGGAUUAAGGAUCCAGCGGCCUCUCUACCUUUCUACGAAAAGAACUUCGGCAUGAAAUGCAUUCACUCGUAUGAUUUCCCGGAGCACAAGUUCUCGCUGUAUUUUCUAGAGCGUCCUCACGACAAUGAACAUGUGCCAACUGGAAACGGAGAAGAAAGCGAGCGUUACUUGUGGAGUAUGAAGGCGACGUGCUUGGAGCUAACUCACAAUUACGGCACGGAGAAAGACCCAUCGUUUCAAGUGAACCAUGGUAACGCGGAGCCCCAUCGAGGUUUUGGCCACAUCGCCUUCAACACGCACAACGUCCAAGAAGCCUGCGAUAAGCUGGAUCAGAACGGCGUCAAGUUCCAAAAGCGGCCCGACGAGGGAAGAAUGAGGACCAUGGCAUUUGCCGUGGAUCCAGACGGAUACUGGAUAGAGUUGGUUUCUCGGGCGCCGAACUCUCCUAUAAUAGAGGAGUACAAUUUAUCGCAGACGAUGAUUCGGAUCAAAGAUCCGUCUGUGUCACUCCCAUUCUACACGGGAAAACUUGGUAUGAGGCUCGUGCGAGAAAGGCACUUCGAUGACUUUUCUCUGUACUUUCUGGCAUGCAUCCCACCGGAUGUUGAACUGCCAGACCCAAAAAGCGACGAGGCAGGCGUAUACGUCAAAAAUAUGUGGCAGCCUGUGCUAGAGCUCACGCACAAUCAUGGAACUGAAAAGGAACCAGGCUUUAGGUACCACAACGGGAACGACAAGCCCCAAGGGUACGGACACAUCGGCUUCCUAUGCGAUGACCUCGAAGGAGCAUGCAGGGAACUGGAAGCGGCAGGUGUUGCUUUUCGAAAGAAGCCAGAGGAAGGAAGUAUGCGGGGACUCGCAUUUAUCUACGACCCAGAUGGAUACAGUAUCGAGCUGAUUCAGCGUGGGGUUUCGUUCCUUCAAAAGAAAUAA